UUUUUUCCCAUAGAAAACCAAAAAGCACUAAAUCACAUAAUCACUCCUUUUAUUAUGUUCUAUAUAUAAAAAAGAAAGAAAGAAAAAAAGAGAAACCUCCCACAUAUAUAUACAUUUAUAAACACAUCUCGUGACACACUCGCAGCUGCAAACACCGUUUAGUCAGUCACAGAGACAGUAGCGGCGCUCCCUCACCAGUCAGCACCACCGACGCCGAGAAAACAUGAAUUUACAUUUGUUCCUUCUCUGGCUUGUCGUUUCCUUCUUCUUACACCUCCUUCCGAUAAUGUCGUCGAGCCAGCACGAUUACUCCGACGCACUCUCAAAAUCGAUCCUCUUCUUCGAAGGCCAACGCUCUGGUUACCUCCCAAACGACCAGCGUAUGACGUGGCGCCGUAACUCCGGUCUGAGCGACGGUUGGACGCACAACACCGAUUUAACCGGCGGUUACUACGACGCCGGGGACAACGUAAAAUUCAAUUUCCCGAUGGCAUUCACCACCACAAUGCUCGCCUGGAGCGUAAUCGAAUUCGGCGAACUCAUGCCUCCGUCGGAGCUCCGUAACUCCCUCGUGGCUCUCCGGUGGAGCUCUAAUUACCUUCUCAAAUCUGUUUCGCAGCUACCCAACCGCAUCUUCGUCCAGGUAGGUGAUCCAAUUGCAGAUCAUAAUUGCUGGGAAAGGCCUGAAGAUAUGGACACACCACGGACUGCUUACGCUGUUAAUGCUCCAAAUCCAGCUUCUGAAGUUGCUGGAGAAACUACGGCGGCCUUCUCAGCUGCUUCGAUUGCUUUCCGAUCAUCGGAUCCUGGCUACUCUCAAACGUUACUCCAGAAUGCCGUCAAAACUUUUCAGUUCGCUGAUACGUAUCGUGGUGCUUAUAGCAGCAAUGAUGAUAUCAAAAAUGAUGUUUGUCCUUUUUACUGUGACUUCAACGGAUUUCAGGAUGAGUUAUUGUGGGGAGCAGCUUGGCUGAGAAAAGCGACUGGUGAUGACAGCUACCUUAAUUACAUAGAGAGUAACCGUGAACCAUUUGGUGCUAACGAUAACGUCGACGAAUUUGGCUGGGACAACAAAGUUGGUGGACUUAAUGUUCUCGUUUCAAAGGAAGUGAUAGAAGGGAAGAUGUACAACUUAGAGGCGUACAAGGCAUCGGCGGAGAGCUUCAUGUGUAGUCUGGUCCCGGAAUCUCCAGGACCGCACGUUGAAUACACUCCCGCCGGACUACUUUACAAGCCCGGAGGUAGCCAGCUCCAGCAUGCGACCACCAUAUCUUUCAUCCUCCUUGUCUACGCUCAGUAUCUUUCUAGAAGCUCUCUCUCCCUCAAUUGCGGAACUCUUACAGUCCCUCCUGAUUAUCUCCGCCGUCUCGCCAAGAAACAGGUGGACUAUAUCUUGGGUGAAAAUCCGAUGGGACUAUCGUACAUGGUCGGGUAUGGAGAGAGGUAUCCAAAGAGGAUCCACCACCGAGGUUCAUCGUUACCGUCCAUCGCUGAUCAUCCAGGAGCAAUCGGUUGCAAAGACGGGUCGCUUUAUUUCAAUUCGACCGAACCAAACCCGAACGUUUUGAUAGGAGCGGUGGUGGGAGGUCCCGGGGAGGAUGAUACGUACGAUGAUAAUCGGUCCGACUUCCGCAAGUCCGAGCCAACUACAUACAUCAAUGCUCCUUUCGUUGGCGUAUUGGCUUACUUUGCAGCCAAUCCCAGUUUUAGCUGACGUCGUCAUGGUACAAUUGGAAUAUAGUUCUAACGUUCCAAGAGUCUGCAUGGGAGUACAUGGUUUUUAGAAGUCUCUCAUCUUGCCCAAGCAAAGAAAGAAUUAAUCUGAAUAACUUAUUCGGAUUUUUACAAUUUUAUUUUUUAUUUUCCUACAAAUGUAAUUGAUAGUCUCUAGUACUCAUAUAUAUACAAAUAUUUGCUAAGCAAAACGAGUACAGUUCAGCUUUA